CAUUUGGGUGAAAGUAACUCGCCCAAUUUUCAAUUGGCGCUACUCGCUUUCCUCACCUCUUCGACCUUUUUAUCCCAAAAUCGAUUUGGCGCGCCGGAAAUCUUCAUCCAAUGGCCACCAAAAGCAGAGUCCUCGUCGUCGGAAGCACAGGAUACAUCGGAAAAUUCAUCGUCGAGGCCAGCGUCAAGUACGGUCAUCGGACCUUCGCGCUCGUCCGAGAUUCCGCUCUCUCCGAUCCGGCCAAAUCUCCGAUUAUCCAGAAAUUCAAGAGCAUCGGAGUCAUCGUCGUCUCUGGAGAUCUGUUCGAUCAUGAGAGCUUGGUGAAGGCGAUUAAACAGGUGGAUGUCGUGAUUUCCACGGUCGGUCUUAACCAGUUGAGCGAUCAAGAUAAGCUCAUUUCCGCCAUUAAAGAGGCCGGCAACGUCAAGAGAUUUUUCCCUUCAGAGUUCGGGUACGAUGUCGAGAACGUGCAUGGAGUCGGACCAGUGAAAUCUAUUUUCGAGUCAAAGGUUCAAAUUCGCCGAGCGGUGGAGGCCGAAGGAAUCCCUUACACUUAUGUAUUAUCUUACUGUUUUAAUGGCUUUUGUGUUCCCAGCUUGGGUCAGCUUGGGGUCACUGCUCCACCUAGAGACAAGGUUGUUAUUCAUGGCGAUGGAAAUCCCAAGGCAAUUUUCAACAACGAAGAAGACAUUGCUUCUUUCACCAUUAAAGCAGUGGAUGAUCCAACAACUUUGAACAAAAUUCUGUACAUCAAACCCUCUGAAAACGUCUUGUCAAUCAAUCAACUUGUGGCCCUCUGGGAAAACAAAAUUGGAAUAAUUCUUCACAAAACCUUCGUUUCAGAGCACCAAUUAUUGAAGAACAUUCAUGAGGCUGCAUAUCCAUUGAAUUUGAUGCUCGCUUUUGAGUACUCGAUAUUCGUUAAGGGAGAUCAUACUAACCGUGAAAUUGAAGCGUCGGUUGGAUUGGAAGCUACGUCGUUGUAUCCUGAUGUUAAAUACAUGACUGUCGAUGAAUAUCUUAAUCAAUUUGUUUAGUCGUUCUUGUUUCAGGUAAUAUAAACUGUUUUUAGUUUGAGAAUUAUAUGCGUGGAAAUCGAAUCAUUUGCUGCUACGUCGUUGUAUCCUGAUGUUAAAUACACGACUGUCGAUGAAUAUCUCAAUCAAUUUGUUUAGUCGUUCUUGUUUCGGUUAAUAUAAAUUGUUUUUAGUUUGAGAA